AUGGAGGCAGCCAAUCAGAGGCAGAGUUCCCGGAAUGCGGGUGGAGGAGCAACAUGGCGUCCGGCCGCUGAGCAGAAGAUCCUCCUGGUUCCUGUCGCCUCCUCCGGGUUCCUCCGGGUUCUCCCCGGUUCUCCUGGGUUCCUCCGGGUUCUCCGUGUCUGCUGGUUCCCGGCAGCAGCUCCGGUGAAGCUGAACGUUGGGAAGAGGAAAGUCUGGUGGAGGACGAGAGGGGCAUGCUGGGACAUUCAGCCUCAGUCAGAAACAUGAGUUCUUCACAGGAGCAGAAGGACGUGGACAGACGACGGCCUCACAGCUGCCAGCAGUGCGGCAAGUCCUUCAUAACGCCGUGGCAUUUGCAGUGUCACCAGCGGAUCCACAGCGGAGAGAAACCCUACGUCUGCCAGCAGUGCGGGAAGCCGUUCAGGUUCUUGGCCAACCUGGUGACGCACAGGCGCAUCCACAGCGGGGAGAAGCCGUACCCCUGCUCGCACUGCGGGAAGAGCUUCCGGGUGGCGGCCUCCAGGAGGGAACAUGAGCGCAUCCACACCGGGGAGAAACCGUACGGCUGCGAGCGCUGCGGGAAGAGCUUCCGCCUGAGCGGCCUGCUGCAGGAGCACCGGCGCGUCCACUCCGGAGAGAAGCCGCACCGCUGCGAGCACUGCGGGAAGGGCUUCGGCCACCUGAGCUCGUACCGGCGGCACCGGCACAUCCACACCGGGGAGAAACCGUAUGGCUGCGAGCGCUGCGGGAAGCGCUUCAUCGACGCCGGUUCCUUGGAUGUCCACCGGCGCGUCCACACCGGGGAGAAACCAUACACCUGCGAGCAGUGCGGGAAGAGCUUCAGCCACUCGGCCACGCACAGGCAGCACCGCCGCCUCCACACCGGGGAGAAACCGUACGGCUGCGACGUCUGCGGGAAGAGGUUCACCCAGUGCGGCCCGCUGCAGGUGCACCGCCGCAUCCACACCGGGGAGAAGCCGUACUGGUGCGACCGCUGCAAGACCAACUUCUACUGCUCGGCUCAGGUGAAGAGCCACAGGUGCAGCCGGGCGGGGCAGGAAGCCGACACAGGAAGCUGAACUGUUCUCAACCCCGGGAGGAAUGCUGCGUUCCAGCGGGGAAUUGUACCUGUGAAUCACAACUUGAGUCACGAGUCACGACUUCAAACCGUUCCAGGCAGAACUGAUAAAUACAACUGUCAAGUCAAGUCAAGUCAAGUUUAUUUCAUCCAUAAAGAUGAAAAUUACAGUGCUUGUACCCACCGUCAUGCCCCCACAACACCUCAGUUUAAAACUAAAUAAUGCGUGCAUGCCUAUAGUUACAGGCCUAGAUAAUAGUCUUCAGUUGGCCGCCAUUCUUGUGUACAAAACAUACACUGCGUGACGUCAAACGAGGAAGUUGGAGUCCGUUGAGCACAAUUGAGUUCACAGGCGUGAAUUCACAGGUUUGGCUAUAGCCCCGCCCACUUUUAACCGGUAAAUCACCUGUUACGGGUGGCCUGGAAUGCAGCAUAAUAGUCAGAGAUGGACAGAGUACUCG